GGCAUCUAAGCCCUAGAGCACAAACGAUUGCAAAGCACUUGAUCAACAAUAUAUUAUAUGACGCAAGUAUGGGCAAAUUUGAUGACCAAACUAGCACUCGCACUUCCACAGCUUGUGAAACCAACGAAAGUAAUUACAAUCAACCAUGCUCCGUGGCUUCUGCUAGUUCUUACCAAUCAGGAUUUUCUGAUCACAGCAAUAUCUAUGUACUGCCAACUGACACCUUGAGCAGUGAACCACCCUCCGUGUCAUCUGCUUGUUUGCGCCAAUCAACCUCUUCUGAAUCCAGCAAUAUUUAUGUACAGCCAUCUGACAACUUUGGAAACAAUAAAGAACAAGAUCUUUCGACUUUCACAGUACUCUCUGAGUUUUUAGUUUCUAAGCCCUAAACUAAUAUAUUAUAUAAACGCUAUUUUUACGAACAAUAAACUAUUUAAAAAUAAGUCAUUGUAAUUUUACUUACCUUAACAAAAUCAUGUAAGACAUCGAUUAGAGCUUUGCACACCUCUGGAAUAAUUCGUGAAAUGCUUGGUACAGAUAUCCGGAACAGAUACAUAAGUGAUGCAUAGCUGUCGCCGGUAGCCAAAUAUCUUAAUGUUACUAAUAACCUAAUACGAGUUGGUAUCGCUUCACGAAAAUAUGCAGCCGCCGCAACCGUUUGUAAAGACAUGAUGCCGCAAACUGAAGUUGCCUCUAUUGAAUUGAUUAAGACGCAUGCUACACUCAUG